AUGAAGGUGGAGCAAUGGUUGUGUGAAGAUAUAAGGCAUCGUGACGGUGGACUGCAAACUGCCUCAAGUAGUGCAGGCUUCAUUGGUCCUAGUCGAAGUCAGAGCGCCAUUGCCAUUUCCCGCCUAUUGCAGCAGACGGGGAUUCCCCUGAUCGGGGUGGCUACGACACUUUCCGACCUGAGCAACAAGACACGGUAUCCAAACCUGAUGAGGACGGCCGUAUCGGACAAGGAACAAUCUAAGGCCAUCAUAUCCAUGGUGAAGAGACUGGAGUGGUCAGUUGUCGCCAUAUUGCACACGGAGGAUGAGUACAGUCGAGACUUGGCGGGAACAGUCUGGCGGCUAGCGACUGAGAACAACAUUUGUGUCCUGCAUAUGACUCAAGUAUCAAAUCUCAGAGAUGUUAGACUGACGUUGAAAGCUCUACUUGAAAAGCAGCAAGACAAAACAGCUCGUGAUUCUUUGGGCGUCGUCCAUUUGGGACAGAGGGAAUCGGUGAGGCAAUUGUCGUACAUCCUAUUGGACGAAUAUAAGGAGAACCCGGAUGCUGUGCGCAAACUACAGUGGAUUUUCCCUGAUAGUGUUGGCACAGACGCCAGUCUUUUCAACAACAUUCUAGGCCCACCAUCAUCGCAGGAUUAUUUACAGAAUAUCUGGAGCAUUUCUCCCAGCUCUUUCCAACUCCACGAAUUCGGGGACUUUUUCUUGUCGCAGAUUCGUGAUGUAAGCAAGGGUCUCGUAAACGCCACGAACCCCUGGCUGGAAGAUUUCGUUCAAAGUUCCUGUCGUCCGUCAUCCGUCAAUCCAGGCUGUACGGACUUCAAACAGGGUGAUUACGUCACUUCCGGUAUCCAUGCUGUGUACGCCCUGAGUCUAGCAGCAAAACGCGUGCACGAGCAGCUCUGCGCCGGCGCUCCGGGACUGUGUGAAGCUUUUAAAACCAAAAGCAGUCUGGAUUUGCUUGGCGAAGUGCGCAGAAUUUGUCUGCAUUAUGCAGACUUUGACGAGAAUCACACGGUACCGGAACUGGCACAGAAGAAUGUCAGUGUUAAUUUUGACACCAAUGGGGAUGUGAAACUAAGCCUAGAACAACAGGUCUACGACAUCAACCAAUUUCAUCAGCGGGCUUUUAGGAAGGUAGGGUCUUAUCGUCAGAAUGGAAGCCUCCAACUGAAGGAAUCAAACAACCCACCCUCCGUCUGCAGGACGCCCUGCCGUGAGUGCGUUAGCCGCACCCCCUUCGUGUACCUACCCGGGGACGUCCUCCUCGCCGGAUUUUUCUCUCUGCACUGGGCCCCUAACAAUGACGACCCCUUCGGCUGUGGUCCAUUCAGAUCAGCGUUCCAUGCCAUCAUAUCGGUGGAAGGGUUUCGAUACGCUCUUCAGAAGUUUCGAGAGGAGUCAGGGAUAAACUUUGGCGCCGUUAUUUUCGACGACUGCUACAGCUCUCUCCAAGCCGUCACCAUUGUUACACAGUUUUUCUCUGGAAAGGAGCCUUUGGUGGACCCAGCGACAGGUCACGUGAUCGAUUUGUCCAAAGUCGUGGCAGUGAUUGGUUCCGAGUCCAGCGCCGUGUCUUUACCGUUGGUCGAAAAUUUCAGACACCUGCGCAUUCCCGUUAUAAGUCCAGGAUCGUCUUCCCCCGACCUGGACGACAAGGGACUGUAUCCAUAUAUGCUGAGGACUUGCGCGAGUGACAGCGUUUCAAGUGAUGUGUUCGUAGCUAUUUUAAAACACUUCGGAUGGACAUAUGUGAGCUUUGUGUACAUCAACAACAACUACGGCCAUAGGGCUAUGGCGUACACUCGCCAGAAAGCCCAAGAUAAUGGCAUCUGCGUCGCUGAACCCAUCCCAAUAGAGCUCAAUCCGGACGAAAAAGAUUUGUUCGCAAUAGUGAAGAAACUCAACACAAACGGUGCCAAAGUUGUACUGUACAUUGGCGUGGACCAGAAUGCUAAUGCGUUUGUCAGGGUUCUGAAGUAUCAUAAAAUAGAUUUAGUUUUCGUGUCACUCGGGGACUGCUUAACAUUCCAACCCAACCUUGGCUCUUUAGCAAUCUUGCAGAGCCGCGGUUAUCUCCCCUGGAUAGACUUUCAACAUUACUUGCAAAAGAGAAAACCCUCGCUCACCAAAUCGUCCGCAUGGUUUGACACUUUCUGGCAGCAGGUAUUUCAGUGUAAUUUACCGCGAUGCACAGAAAACCCCAAUCUUGCUCGAUGCGACGAUGGUCUUAAAUUUGAGAACAACGACGUCUUGAGUUGGGGGAACAAUUUCAAAGUAAGAAACACCAUCAACGCCGUGGCGUCUGCAAUGAAAGGCAGUGUAAAAGCUCUUAAGUUCCUUUGCGGUCCAGAAUCCGUGUUCAAAUGUAAGGCGUUUCAGGAAAAUCCUACACUGGUGACGAAAUUCAUAAAAGACGUCCAACUGGGGCCUGGCGAUAGGAGUUAUCGCCCUUUCCUUGCCAACGGAAAUGGAAAUCUGGAUUUUGUAAUAUGGAGUUUACAGGAGCAAGAUGACGGUCCUGCCAAAUAUGUCCCAGUAGCCAAAUACAGUCCGGAAGCGAAGAAACUUGUGAUGACGUCAGGGGACAAAAACCUUAAAUUUUAUGAUAAAGGCAGGAUUGUUGAAAAUUGGACGUCCUCUUGUACAUCCAGUGAGGUGUGUCCGUCGUGUGAAGUUAUUCUGGCUCCUGCCAGACCUGGAAUCGAACUCUCGCCGAAUGCUAACGCGUAUAUCCCCGUUGCCAUUCUCGUCAUUGUGUGCAUGGUGGCCGUCACUCUUGUAGUUUCGAUAGCUGUUGUUGUAGUUCGGAAAUCCAGGAGAGAAACAAGGAAGCGAAAGCAACAUCUUGCACCGUGCGUACUGUCGCAUCUAGGCCAGGAGAGGGAACUCAGGAUCGAAAACCUCUCGUCUGAUUCGAUCUCAAGUUACCUCUCCACUGUAGGUUCAGAAAAUCAGCUACAUCAAGUGCCCAGUUUGCACGGGGUUAGAAACGUCCGCCAUCUGGAACGGUUGCCAAGGACGACAGCUGCUACUGGUGACGUUGAGGUUAUGGUCCAUGACAACCGUAAUGGCAGCGUUGUAAAUCCACUUUCGCACACUAAGAAAGUCCCGAGAAUCGCCCAAAGCAGUCACAUUUCUCACAGAGCUGAUGCUAACUCGGCCGAGGAAACAACAGCUGAAGCCUCGAGUUCUUUUGAUGCCACAUUGUCACGGCCUUUUUUCAAGGAUGUGUGUGGGACAAAUUUGAAAACUGUGGAGGAAGAAGAUGACACUAUGGUGCUGAAGUUGCUCAGUGAUGGUCGCGGAGAGCCAGACGUGGGACAAACCAACACUGUGUCCGUGGAUGAUCUCGAUACUACAACGUCAACGAUCUCUGAAGGCGAACGCCCAUUUCUUGGAACGUCACGGGAAACCCCUGAGUUCGAAGCUGUAAACCCCAAAGAUCAUCCAAAUCCCCAACUUCCGGAGACGUUUUUGUGAUACAAUCGAUUCAUGGACAAGGAACUAAAUGACUGGCUAUACCAGAGGUCAUGUCCUUUGAACUCUUCAGGUCUUACUCCGGCAUCUUUGUUGAGUAAUACAAAUACGUGUAACACGUUUCGACUAAUGAAAUGUGAGAGAAAAAGAGCUUUUUUGAUCAAUCAGAGUGUCAGCUUUCAGGGCACUGGAGAUUUGAGGUCAGAAUUGACAAUGUCAAACCAUUUGGAUUUCUGUAGAAACAACAUCUGACUGAAGAUAUAUGCUGAGGCGUUUCAGUGGAUAUAAUAUAAAAGACAACAGUAUAGAGAGCAAAACUCGAGCAUCGACGACACUGUGAUAUUCAGUAAAUGGCCACAUCUAGCCGUUGGAGCACGGUCUCCUGUCAGUUUACCCCGGUUACGUUUUUUUCUAUCUGGUCAUGAACAGUAAAUGCUUCAGCAGCAGGAAUUCACACGUCCCCUGGCAGCAUGACUUAGGUAAAAACAAAUGCAGUGAUGCUAAUUGCAAUUUAUUAGGCGUAACUGGUCUAGAAUUACUAAUAUGCUGUGUGUAUGUCAUCAUAUGUAAUAUACAAAAAGCAUUGGGUGACCGAGACAAAACUAAUCUAUAGCUGGGUCGAAUUACCUGCAGUGUUCAGUUCAGUGAAGGGUCGUACAGCAAGCAGCACAGUGGAAGAGAACAGUAAACAUCGCGAAGGUGCCAGGCUGUCAUUUUUUUUUAUUGUAAGUUACGGCUGUCAUAGCUGACAAUCCCUUCGUGCAAGAGGGUGUCGAUUGUUAGUUAGGGCUACGAUCGUGGUCUUGGGGAUAUACAGCCAGCCUAGGCCUACGAUCCUUUCAUCACAGCGACGCCAUGCAUCUCCUCAAUUAUCGUCAUUGUUCAUCUACUCAAAUUAACAUUGUAUAAAGCCUUUUUUCUUAGACGCCUAUGGUAUAGUGAAUGUAUUCCAGAAUGGUUGCCUAACAUUUCU